ACUGAGUGCAGGCGCGAUGCUGUUCCUUGAGUCGGAGAACAAGAUCAUUAAGGAGGUGCUGGAAGGCCGUCUGGGGGAGAAAGCGCCUCGCCCCGUACAGCCCUUGGAGAUCCGUCUGUGCGAUUUUGACGAUGUGCAGUAUGACAUGUCGAUCGCAGACAACCUCCUUACUGUCUCCAUGGCAUAUCCGCCCUACAAGACGCUGGAAGGAUUGGGUGCCAAGCAAAUGCUCGCAGCGAGGUACCCAGAAUUUCAAGUCGUCGCCCCGAAAGCCGGAUUUGACUUUUCGCUACAGGUUAAUGUGGAUGUGGUCACACCUGCUAAUGCUGCGUCCUUCAUUGAGCGCAUCUCAAUCCUGAAGCGCAACAUUAUGGGUGCUCCGUUUGAGCAGUGUUUCGAGGCGCUUCAGAACGGCAAUGCGAGCACCCUUGGUCCUGUGCAGAUCCCUUACCGUCGUAACGAGACGAUUUACGUGCUCCCUCAGGCCGACCGUAUCGUCGUUGUGUACUCGGUCUGCUUUGAGGACAAGACCGACCAGGCUAUCGCUCGUGUCUUCUUGCAGGAGUUUGUUGACACCCGACGCACCGUGAACAAUGCGCCACCUGUUGCAUUUGGCAAGGACCCUCCGCUCGAGCUGCGUGGAGCCCCAGGAUUGCGUCAUUCGCCUGACCUCGUGGGCUAUCUGAGCCUUGCGAUCUUCCCCACGCAUGUGGACACGACUGAAAAGCGCAUCAAGGCGGCGACUUUGGUGCAGGGUCUACGCAACUACCUCCACUAUCACAUCAAGGCCUCUAAGACUCUUGAACCGUGCGCGUCCCGAAAAGGACCAGUCCAAGACCCAGAAGAAGACCAUCACUGGCCGAACUUUCGCGCGCGCUUAGGCAAAGACAUGGUCUUCUGUCGUCCCUACGAUAACCUUGAACUUGACCCUCAUUUUUCGGUGAUCGAGAGUAAUCAAUUUCAAAAGGUUUUUAUCCUCUCAAUUCACAGCAUCCCAUUGGCAACAAUGCUUUCACUGCUGUCUCGCGCGCAGCCACGCGCGAGGGUGCUGCGUGGCCUCCGCAGCCAGUUUCUGGCCUCCAGCUCUACUAGUGCUUCCGGUGAAGAGGUGACCGCAGUUAUAGAAAAGAAGACAGUGCCGCAACAGCAGCAGCCGGUGGUGGAGACGACAUGGAACACUCUGGUGGUUGGCGAGAUUGUAGACUUCCACUCGCACCCUCAGGCGGACCGUCUGAACGUUUGUGCCGUCAACAUCGGCGACAAGGAUAAUUUGCUGCAGAUCAUAUGUGGCGCCCCUAACGUACGUCAAGGUGCGCGUGUGCCCGUGGCAAAAGUGGGAACCAGGUUGGCCAUCAAGGAGCCCGAGACAGGCGAGCUAAAGAAGCUCAAGAUCAAGAAGUCCAAACUGCGUGGAGAAGUCUCUCAAGGCAUGAUCUGCUCGGAGGCGGAGCUUGGACUGACGGACGAGAGCGACGGCAUCCUUAUCUUCGAAGACGAUGCUGAAGUGGGGGGCCUAGUGCUUGAACACGGGACGAUUGCCACCCGCCUGAAAGCACGAGGAAUAUCGGUCCCGACGCCUCAGCCGAAGGUCACUGCUGCUUCAAUCCAACCGGAGCCAAACCAGGAAUAAAGUGGUGGAAGUUGCCUCGAACGGGUAGAGAGAGAUACUGUAGACAUAACACGUAUGCGAAAAAGCUAAACUGUUUUUGUCUUCUUG